AUGGACCCCUCCUCCACAAAGGCUGUGCUGGGAAAGGACCAGAGACGAACGCUGCUCUGCAGAAAGCAUGUGGCAGAGGCAGGGAAAUUUGGGACAGUGAGGGAGAAGCAGAGGGCCAGGGUCUCCUGGGCCGCAGUGACGCUGCUGCUGCUGCUGCUACUGCUGCCGCCCGCGCUGCUGUCGCCAGGAGCGGCCGCACAACCCCUGCCCGACUGCUGUCGCCAGAAGACGUGCUCCUGCCGCCUCUACGAGCUGCUCCACGGUGCUGGCAAUCAUGCUGCUGGCAUCCUCACGCUGGGCAAGCGGAGACCCGGCCCUCCGGGGCUCCAGGGUCGUCUGCAGCGCCUCCUGCAAGCCAAUGGCAACCAUGCGGCGGGGAUACUGACCAUGGGCCGCCGCUCAAGCACAGAACCAGCGCCUGGGGGAGCUUCUGGUAUCUAAACGCCUUUUGGGGUACCUUUCUCAGCCCUCUCCCCUCUGUUCAUCUGCAGAAAAGCAGUAAUAAAGAGGAGCUUCUUCCUGU